AUGGUUCAACCACGUCAAUUUGGAUCGGAAAUUGAUCCGAAUCGAACCGAACAUGGCGAAUUAUCUGAGAAGCUACGUGCAGCGAUCGUGUACGCAGCGAAGAAGGGCGUUCCUAAGGCUCAGAUUGCCCGUGAUAUUGGAUGCAGCCGAAGUACAGUCUAUAGAACAAUCAAUCACUUUCAAACCUAUCACACACUUCAAUCCCUUCCCCGAGGUGGCCGACCGAAAAAGCUUACUUUAUCAGCUAUUCGAUAUAUCUAUCGGAUUAUUCGCAAAUUCCCUACAAUCUCUUGGAAAGAGCUUAUUCAAGAAGUUCCAACUAACGUUUCAAAACGUACCAUUUAA